GUUCGAUGUGCAUUUGGCAGUAAAUGAAAAGAAGACCGUCGUCAAGGACUGACUGCAACUGGGUCACCCCGACUUCCGACUUCCUGACCAAAGAUCAGCGACUCGAGAAGGAAGCAUCACUUUCCCAAUUCGGAAAUAUCACAUUUUGACGCGAACCGAUAAAAACGACGCCAGCGAGAUGCAAGCCCAUCUUUUCCUCCCAAUUACCACCACCACCACCGUCAUCGUUCUCGUCGCUGUCCUCGAUGGCAUCCACUCGUUCAACUCCCUUCUCCAUCGACGAGUUCGCCUCGCUCGUCGAGAACGCGCUCGACCUCGACCACGAGCCGGAUGUCUCUAUUCGCGUCCCUACCCCCACCUCUUCGUUCGACUCGCCGUCGCCGCCCAGGCCGACAUCGACGUCCACUGUCUUUUCAAAACUCAGGCAGCUUGUCUCGCCGUCUCGCCAGCGCCUUCCUCUACCAGAGCUCCCACAGGCUCCCGCCUUACCCAUUCCCACUGUCUCUCUAGUAGCAUCCAAGUCGUCCGAGUUUGUUCCUUACCUUCCCAUUCCAUCUCGCCAGGAGCUCGAAGCCCGAAACUCGUGUAAGGAACGGCCUCUCAGCUCCCCGCCUAGCUCACCUACUUCCUCGUCUACCCGGACUGAUACCGAGUCCGUUUGGACCGACAGCGAGCAGUCGUCGACUAGCACAGGCGAUAUCAAUGAUCCCUUUGCCAAAGGCUCCGUACAAAUUAUCCACGUCUCUCCUUAUCCCGGAUACCACAUUCCCAAGAAAAUGAGUUUCUGCCCUACCCCGCUUCCUCUCGUUCCGCCUCGAUAUGCUCCACCUUCCUGCCCCCUUCCUAGUCCUCCCGCCACUCCCUCGCCUCGAAAACGUCACCCAUACGCGUCGCAUUGGACGCUCGACCUGCCCGCUACUCAACGGAGCGAACUCCCCACUUAUAACCCUCUUAACCCUCUUGGUCCACGCCGUGGAUUGCAUAGGCGCACCGGCUCGCCCUUCCCUCUUAGCCUUACCUUGCACGACACCCGCCCCAUCAAACCCAAUACACGUUUGACGCUGGAUUACAAUCCGUAUCGGCUGGUGUUGGGCGAGAAUGGGCUUCCGGUGUCUCCUCCGGGAACGCCACAGCGUUCCUUGGUUGAGUUUGAGACUCACGAGGCUGAUUGGGUCGACAUGACGGACUCGGAUUCUGAGUCGUUGCAGGAGGAAGCUGUCGAGACUCCCGUUCAACCGUCAUUCUUACCGCCGUGCCAGGAUGAUGACGCCCAUUCCGUGACUUCAGCGUAUUACACCGCGCGGUCUAGUUUGUGCUCUCAAAUAUAAUUUGUCGGAUUUGUUUUCUCUUUUCUGCUUUCUCUGUAUUGCUUUCUCGCACCUAUCGCCCAACUCUGCUUUCCUGCCACUCCUUAUGCUCUCUGUGUACCUCAAAUUGACCCACGCCCUUCGUUUUCCUGACUUGGGUCUC